AUGGCAUGUUGGUUGCAACAACCGACAUCAAAUAAAGAUUUAUGCGAUGCUAUUGAUGCAGUAAUGAAACCUGAACAUGAAGAUGUUAUUUUAUUUGAUGAUGCGUUAUCAUCUGGAGCACCGUUAGAUCUUGAUCUUGAUUCAAUUUCUGAUUUACUUGAAAAUCCAUCGAUGACAUCAGGAAUUUCAACAUCAAUUGUAUCUCCAAUGUCACCAUCAUCAUCUUCAAUGACAGGAACAAAUGAUUAUUCUCAACCACUUAAUAUUUAUGAUAUAACACCAACAACAUUUUCAACUAAUAAUAAUAAUAAUAAUAAUUCUCAAUCAAAUACAAUGACAUCAGGAUAUUCAUCAUUGGGUAUAAGUCCAAAAUUUACAACAUUAAGUAUUAAUCAACAUCAUCAUCCAUUUUCACCACCAUUACAAGAUUCAAAUAAUUCUUCAACGCUUCUUCAACCAUUUCUACAACAAUCUUUGAAUUCAAAAAAUAAUUUACAUCCACCACCAUUUCUUCAACAACAACAAGAUAAUUCUAAUCUUGGUACAACAUUUCCAUUUGAAUUACAAGUCAAUAAUGGUCCAUCCGAUGUUAAACGUUUUCGUUCAGCUAGUAUGAAUGAAGGAGCAACACAAUAUCAACAAGCUAAAAUAGAUCCUCAUAUAUUUGAUCCGUAUCGUAAUCGAUCACAUACUUAUGUAACUCCACCAUAUUAUCAAGGUAAAACAUCAUCAUUAACAAGUACAACCGCGACAACAACAGCAUCAUCAACAUCAUCAAUUUCAACUGAUGUAUCAUCAAAUUCAGCAUGGCCAUUUGUUGAUGAUCCUCGGCCAACAUCAAUUUCAUUUUCUGAAGUAUUAAACCAACAACAACAACAGCAACAACAACAACUUCGAAUAAAUAAUAAUCUAUCAACAUCAUAUGGAGGUUCACUAUCAUUAUAUUCACUUCAAGAACAACGAAAUUCAACAGGAUUUGUACCGAAUAUUAAUUUUCAAUCUCAACAGCCAACUAAUUGCACAUUAUAUUCACUUAAUCAACCAACAAAUGGUGCUACGCCAUCGUCUCCUACACGAAAACGACCAUCUUUAGUUGGCUUUUCUGUUGAUGAUAUUAAAGAUAAUCCACAUAGUCCAAAUGGUACAAUUGAACAACAAAGUGAAGCUGAUCUAUGGUCAGAUAUUGAACAAAAUUCUUCUGAUCGUUUUCAAGAUAAUGAUCUUGAUGGUGAUGGUGAUGGUGAUGAAUUAACAUCCGAUGAUGAAACAACAACAAUAUCAGGCAAUUUUAAUAUGGAUUCAAAAACAACCCAACCAAAUCCAUCAUAUUCAAAUUCUUCUUCACUUUUCUGGCAAUAUAAUGUCCAAGCUAAAGGACCAAAAACAAAACGAAUACUUUAUUUAAAAGAACGUGAUCCACAUUUAUUUCGAGAAUUUAGUGAUCCGGUUUAUCAAAUAAAAUUAACUCAAACACAAAGUGGUCAAACAUUUACAAAACUUCGAAAAGGUGAUGGAAAUGAUGUUACACCAAAUCCAAUGAAACUUUAUCAACUUGGAAAACAAAUACGAGAUUUAUCAAUGAGUGGAAAAACAAAUACAAAUGCACCAUCAGUUUAUCAUGGAAUAUAUCAUGUUGAUCAUCAGUCAAAUGCUAAUGAUACAGCUGAGGUUAAAAAAGAGAAAAAUAAAAUCGCUAGUCGAGCGUGUCGACUUCGUAAGAAAGCACAACAUGAAGCAAAUAAACUCAAAUUACAUGGGCUUAAUGAAGAACAUAAAACAUUAAUCGAUUUAAUUGCAUCGAUUAAAUUACUUAUACUCAAACGAUAUCAUGAUGGCCAACUUGCUUCUCCUUCAUCAUCACCAAAUCAAUCACUUGAAACAGCAUUUGAGCAAUUAGUUGCUCAUAAAUAUAAUCAACCGGUUGCAGGAAAUACUGAUGGUUUUGUUCAAGGAAUCAUAAAUGAUAUGGAACAGAUGUACGCUACGAAACAACAACGAAGUCUUAGUAGCGUUACAUAA